CUACGAAACCGGGCGAUCGUCUACGCCGUAGCACUACGCCGCUACGGUUCGUUACGGCUUAACUUUGUUUCGUAGUACAAAAAUACCAAAUCGUGAGUCGUUCUUUCAAUAAAUAAUUCAAAGCUUGUCCGAACUUUGUGGGGAAAUUAAAUAGUAUCGAUUGUGUACGUUCCAAUUGUGUUUAGUGGUUAAGGAAAAAAUUAAAUGUUUGAAUAGAUUACUGUGUCUAUUUGAGGCCAUUUCAUAAAUAAUUAAUCUAUGAUAAUUUGAGAGCAUGGCGAUUACAAGUCGCUAUGGGACAAAGUGGUAGUGCAAUGCAGUUGUCUGCGACAUUGCUGGUGUUGCUUCACUUAUCAAUGCACGUUGUGGAUGAAGGACAGGCAGUAAACCCUAGUUGUUCCUGCAUUCGCUUCACAUCGACGCACGGCAAGGAGCGGGGUACAUUCAGCAGCCCCGAUUACCCACUACCCUACCCGAGGGGUAUCUGCCUGCUGUACACAUUUGUCGCUGCCCCACACCAGAUAGUGGAGCUGAUGUUCAGUGACUUUGACGUGUUUAAGGACGAUCUUGAUUGUAUUCGAGGCGACUACAUAAAGGUCUACUGGGAAGUCCAAGGCCCAGGCCCUCCUGGGGCCAUCAACGAACGCUCAGCGUGGGCGAGGGCGCUAUGCGGAAGCAGGGCCGAUGUUCCUCCAGCUUUGUACUCCCCUGGACCAUCUAUGGUGUUAGAAUUUCAUACUAACUCCAAGCCAAACAAUGCCACGGGGUUCCUUGGCACAUACAGCUUUAUUGAUAGACGCCUAUUCGAGACCGAGGGCGUCCGUAUACCAGGAACUGAGUGCGACUACCAGUUCAGCCGAUCCGGUAACAAGCCGACCCACGGCCGGUUAUACAGCCCGCAAUACCCGUCCAUUUACCCCAACAAUGUGCGCUGCUCAUAUCAUUUUCAUGCCAGGCCAAAGGAUCGCGUGAAGGUAGUUUUUGAAGAAGUCUCCCUACAGAAGGGGGAUAUAAGUUGCUUGCGCCGGGCGGACAUCAUCAAAGUGUUCGAUGGCAGGGACACCAACUCUCCGGCGAUCGCCAUGCUGUGUAAUGAGCUUACAGGUUACGAGGUGCUGUCAACGGGCCCGUCUCUCCUACUGCAGUUCACCGCCAACUCCGCCUCACCGGGGCAGGGGUUUGCUGCCACGUACCAUUUUCAGCCACCCCCUGACUCUACAGCGGCAGAUUCUGAUCGACUUUUGAAACUAAGCUUUGGGAAGGCGUUCGAGUCCCUGGGGCCUGAAGUUAGCGCAACAACUUCAUCCUGUCACCAGGAGUUCAACAGCGAUGGCUCAAAGCACGGCACUCUCACGUCGCCACACUUCCCUGCUGCCUAUCCUCCGAAUACCCACUGCCACUAUGAGUUCUUCGGGAGAGGAAAGGAGAGGAUUAGAUUAAUAUUUCAAGACUUCUUUUUGUACAAAUCUACAGAUGGAUCUACAGCAUGUACGAACGUAGACUCUCUUCAAGCCUUCGUUAACGUAGAUGGACGGCUAGAAAAUGUUGCGACGUUUUGCGGAGUCGAUCUUCCAAAGCCAAUUAUGUCGAACGGGCCCAAGUUAAUGCUAGAAUUCCGAGGUACUCACUCGUCGAGGCACUCAAGAGGAUUCAAAAUAUCUUAUUCCUUCGUUGAAAAUUUCGGUAUAUCUACAGGACGACAGCUGAAAGAAUUCCCCUGCGCAUUUGUAUAUAAUAGUAGUGAAUCGCGCAACGGAACUUUCGCUUCGCCAAACUCACCUGGACCAUAUCCAAGAGACACAGAGUGUUCUUACUUUUUUCAUGGUGGGCAGACGGAAAAAGUCCAUUUGCACUUUACACACUUCGACGUGGAGGGAGUAUUACCAUGCGAAGCAGUGUCAGCGAGUGAUUACGUAGAAUUUUCUAACAAAAUGACUGAAGACAAUAAAUACGGCAGAUACUGUGGACGGAUGAAGGAGUUUCAUGUAGAAUCUGAAAGAAAUUUUUUCAAAGUAACCUUUCGAUCUAACGACAGGCUAGACGGAACUGGCUUUAAAGCAAUGUACCAAUUCCUAGAGGCCACAGAUGAAUAUCAAGCACCAGUUUUUGAUAAGGCUUCCAAUACAUUGUAUUUCUUCGGAGAGCUGUUGCUGAUAUCUCUGGCUGCGACGCUCCUGCAUCUAUAUCAUUUAUGAAGUGAUAUUAGAAUUACAACUAUUGAUAGUUAAUCCUGUAUAUUUUGUACCAUAGUCUGUGCCAUACACUGUAAUUAAUUAAGCGUAGGCGUGCAAUAUUUUCUAUAAAAUAACUAAAUUUAAGUUUCAUCUAAUAUUACCAACUAAAGCAAUAUAACACAAUAAAGUUUUAUUCACGCAGGCACAUUAUUAUAAAUAAAAUAAAAAAAUAUAAAAAUUG